AUGGACUCAGGCUGCGCUCUCGCUCUGGCUGUCGCUCAGGUUCACGGCUCUGCUUUCCGUGCUCCCCACCCCGGCCCAAUGCAGGCUGAGGCUCGUCUCGAUAGCCCUCAUUUCUGCCAACACGUCGACUUGCGCCGCCCUGUGACCUCGCACCGUGACGACGAUCCCGGGACCUUGACUGCGACCGCCUGCUGUCGACAGCAUCUCCGCCACGGCCUGAGACGGAUGAUCCCCUGGAAUCAGGUGAGGAGCGCGCGUGACCCCUGGCCGUUGGUCUCGCGUGGUCCAGAUCCCUUUGACGAUACUUCCGCUCAUGAGUUCCGGCGGGUGAACGACUGUCCCGAGAGAGAGAUCUCUGGCGGUGUCGAGGCGGAGACUGAGUCCGUCCACUUGCUGCUGACUUUCUGGAAACAGAGCGACCAUCUUCACUCGCUGGACUAA